CCUGGCGCCCUGGUGGCGGUCUUUCGGGCGGCCAUAUUUUCUCUCGUGAAUUUCAGUCACGAAGGUGGUGGUUCGCUAACAAUUUUUGGGAUGCGCCGUUCGAAGACGUUCUCGCGUGUUUUAUACUCUUAAAUAAGUGAACAGUGCCAAUCAUGGCUAAGAGGGGUAACAAUUUGACUGGAAAACGGUCGUCGUCGCAUAAUACGAAACCCUACGACGCAAACAAUUCUUUUGUAAAAAAGGUGGCAACAAAGGUAACGGAUUUGAUACCGCAAAAAUCGUGGAUUAGCAAGUGGUUUAACUCAUCUCAAAGUGAUGGAGAUGUAUUAAAUAAUUCUGAGAGUCCUGAGGAGGUUGAACCAGAAGAAGAUAUCCAGAAACCUCCGCCUUUAAAACGACCAUGUAUUCGCAUGGAUGUUACUCAUCCACCUGGCACAUUCUCGAUUCAACCAAGAACCAAAUCCACGAUUAAUAAAGCCAGUCCAUCUAAACAACAAUGUUCAAUAAACAAUGAAAUGUCCGAUGACUUCUGUAAACCUGCAAUGGCUGGACCAAGUGGGAUGGGACAUCUGGUAUCUUCUACGCCUACAACGCAUACAGAUAUUAGAAACAUAAAUCCUCAAAGGUCCGAGUUAAAUUCACUAGUUACUACUACAAAUAAUGGAACUACAAGUGGUAUGGAUGAUAAUUCUGAAUCCAGCGAAAGUACCAGUGGUUGUAGCUCUCUUAUACCACAAACAAAUAGACAAGAGGCUCCGUCAAAUGUCUCUUACAGCUCCCCAUUCUCCACUAGAAAAAGAUUUAACGACGACAAAUUAAGUUUCACUAAUCGUGUGCAGUCUCCAAGGUCUCUAUUUUUAGAUAAUAAUACUCGAGAUUCUUUAAGUAGUCGUAGACCAAGUUUUAACGCGUCAAUUGUCACAAAUUCGUCGGACCAUGCAUCUCCCUUGUCAUCUCCUUUUUACAGUGGAAAUACUACUUAUGGUGGAGCAAAUGCAGCUGGCCUUUAUAAACGAGGUCGCUCUUUGUUUAAUAACUCAAAUGACAUUCAACUUAAAGUUCCUAAAAGAACAUGCGUUGAAGUAAAGCCAUCUAAUGCAACAGGAGUUGAUUCGUCUGGUAUGAGUCAAACUGCUAAAAAAAUAUUAGAAGCACUGGAACAUUUUUCAUCGCCAAUAACUGAUGCUAAAAAGAUUCCAUUAAAAACGAAUAACACAUCACUAAUGAAUAAAAAGAGAUCGAGAGAAGAGACUACAACACCAUCAGCCAGAGUUGGAUUACGUCAUUUAACUCGCGAAUUAACUGUACCAACUGUGCCAGACAUAUUAAAAUUAAGACAACGUAAAAAGUUACAAGAUACGACCGCCGCGGCUAGGAAGAUCAUUUCUGCCCGAAACGAACCACCGCCUCUGCAAGAGUAUCAUCUCAGAACAGAAACUGACGAUGAAUCGAAGCCUCAAGGUAAAUUAAAGAGUAAAGCAGGAAAUCUUGACCAGGAAGAAACAGUUCAACCAGUCAAUUUACCAAACAUACCUUUGCCAAUAUCUUCUUUACCUAAUUUCAAUUUUAUACCACCUUCUAAUCCGAAAACAAGUGAUAAAAUUGAUACAAGUACUGAAGACACUUUUACAUUUGCAAGCCCUAUAAAAAUAACAAAUGUUACAAAGAAUUUAAAAUCCAUCAAUAACUUUACGUUUAGUAGUCCUAUUAAUGCCGAGAAACAAUCAAUUGAUAAAUCCAAUGAUUCAAAUUCACCUUUAAAAGCAGCUAAUAUUAAAUCCAAUAUAGUUUCUAGUGAAUGUGUAUCUACGGUAACCCAAAAUUUUGUUUGGUCUGGAUCAUCUACGGCACCUAGACCGAAGGAGAAAGUGAAAAGUAGCAAUGCUAUUCCUGUUGUAUCAAAUGAACUGAAAUCAGGAAGUGUCAUGGAUGUUCUCUGUUCCAAGCCUAAUAAAAAUGAAUCUGAUAAGUCAAAUGAAAUAAAGACAUCGUUAAACUCAACUAAUAAUGAAACAAAUGUAAGCAAAGAUGACAAAAAACCAUCAAAUUUGAACUCUGACAUACAACAAGAAAAUUCAACUUUGUGGGAAUGUUCUGAGUGUUUAUUUAAAAACAACAGCACUGAAAUGUACUGUUUUGCUUGUAAAGCUAGUAAAUUAAAUAAUAAGAAGAACAAAACGAAUGAAUCAACAAAGAAUAUCACAAACGAGUCGAAAACCACUGUCAAUUUUGGAUCUGAAUUUAAACUUUCAAGUAGUCAGUGGGAGUGUAUAUCGUGUUUGGUAAGAAACAAACAGACUGAUAAUAAUUGUGUUGCAUGUGGUACAGUUAAACAAAGUACGAAGCAAGAGACUAAUGUAACAAAAUCAGUAAAAUCUGAUCUCAGUGAUGAAAAAUCCUUAGAAAAAUCUGAAAAUUUAACUGAGUGUUCCUCUCAAAAUGUAUUUAAUUCAAGUUCAUUAAAGAGUCUUCAAAAAGAUACUAAUACUGCUAAUAAAACAGAUACAAUUACAAGCCAAAAUAUUGGCUCAGAAUCACUCAGUAGCUCAAAUUUGACCAAAAAUGAAACUAUGAGCAGUGUCAAGCCAAACAAAGAUACCUGGGAAUGUCCUUGUUGUAUGGUUAGAAAUGUUACUUCUGUUGAUUCUUGUCCAUGUUGCAACACAAGUAAGCCUAGCACCGGGGUUGCACCUAAAACUGUUCCACUCUUACUUGCAAAUGGAUUUGGAGAUAAAUUUAAAAAACCUGAAGGUGCAUGGAACUGUGAUACUUGUAUGUUACAAAACGAAGCAAAAGUUACUGAAUGUGUAGCUUGUGGUGGAUUAAAACCAGGUUCAAAGAAAUUGGACACUUCAAAGACAAAUACAAGCACUACUUCCAAUUUACAGUUUAAUUUUUGUAUGCCUCCAAAUGCUGGUGGUUUUAAAUUUGGUAUAGAUAAAGCUGAUCAAGAAAAGACUGAUCCUGUAGCGCCUACCAAUGGUUUUAAGUUUGGUGAUAACCAACAAAGUAGUCAGGUUGGGCAAUUUACAUUUGGCAUUCAAAAAGAGGAGAAGAAAACGGUUGAUGAUACAUUGAAAUCUGAAAACAGUGCCUCAUCUUCUACGGGAAGUGGAUUUGGAUUACAAGUUAAUACAAGUAACAGUGAUAAGACUGAUGUAAAACAAAACUCAGAACAGGUAGAAAAAAGGCCAGCACCAUCAUUUUCAUUUGGAGUACCAAAAAGUGAAAGUGAAUCAACAGUGAAUGAUAAGCAAUCUCUGACUGCAACGACCUCUAAAACACUUCCAGUAACAUUUACAUUUGGUGUACCAAAUCCUAAAAUUAACGAAUCAGAUGCAAAAGAAGCGAAACAAAGCACUUCGGUUGAAAGUACUGCUACAGAGAUUUCAAAAACAAACACACAAACUAAUCAAUCACCUGUUGUUAGUAGUACCAGCACGUUACCUUCAAUAAGUCAAACCAGUGCACAACAAAUUAAACCAACCACUUCCUCUUUAUUUGGAGUACCAAGUAGUACAGCUACAGUUAAUAGCAGUUCCUCUACAAAUGUAGUAUCAAGUCUUCCGUCUUCUACUCAACCCUCCUUCACGUUUCUUGAAACAAAACCAGCUGUACAAACAACAUCAGCACCAACCUUUGGUCAAAUAUCUGCACCAGCUUCUACUUCUACUUUACCUACUACUUUUGCGUUUGGAGAAACUAAAACAACAGAAAGUUCUUCAGUAAACAAAACUUUUAACGCAUUGCCAAAUGUUACUACUGGUGGAAAUUCAUUAUUUUCAAACAUUUCCAAUGCUCCAUCACUGUUUAGUACUAAUGAUGCAAAGAAUACAUCAACACUUGGUACAGAAGAAAAUAAACAACCUACAUUUGAUAUAAACACAAAUAAACUUUCUACCUUUGCUGUGCCGGAAACUAAAGUACCAACAUUUGGUAGUACAGAAAACAAACCUUCAAUUUUUGGAUCAUCUGAUACCAAAAUGCCUGUGUUUGGAAAUACAGAUAAAACAGCCUCACCAUUUAAUUCAACUCCUCAAGCACCAGCAGCUACACCCUUUGGCGUGGCAUCAGGUACACCAAAUCUUUUUUUUGGAUCGUCUGCUACACCUAAUUUCAGUAAUAAUACACCUUCAACAUUUACUGCUGAGUCUACGCCCAAUAUAUUUGGAUCUUCCUCGAAGCCAGGUCAAAGUAAUACAUCAAGUUCAAAUUUAUUCACAUUUGGUAGUACUUCUAAUCAACCGGUAGCACAACCAGGAUUCAAUUUCUCAACAAAUACUAAUCCGGCUGAAUCAACUCAGAAACCAUUAUUUACAUUUGGUAGUAGCUCUACUGUUCCGCAAAGUAGUAAUUUAUUUGGAAAUACGUUCAAUAAUACUACACCAGCAAGUAGUUCUGGAUUUACAUUUAAUGCACCUAAACCGGAAACACCAACAUUCGGUCAACCAACUGCUGCAACUCCGAUUUUUGGUACACCACAGGCUGCUACUCAAAAUCAACCGUCAUCAUCAUUUUCAUCUACCCCUUCGAACACAGGGUUCAAUUUUGGAUCUUUUGGAUCAGCACCACCACCACCUGCAUCUUCAGGAGGUUUCAGCUUUGGUGCAAUGGCACAUGCUGCUGCACCGUCUACAGGAUUUAAUUUCAAUCCACCUAGUAAUACACCAACGUUUGAUCCCUAUACCCCACCAUCGUUUAACUUCACUGGCGGAAAUGCACCUCCAACAUUCAAUGCUACACCCACUUUGUUGCCGCAAAGAAAAAUCAAGAAAGCUGUUAGAAAAUUGCGGUAGAGGAGAAGUAAUGUAUGAUCCUAGUUGCAUAUGUACCCGGAUUGUAUUUUUAUUUCUAUUUUAUGCAACCGUGUAUGUGAAUAUGUCUUUUAC